AUGUCCGUCGACCUCGAGCCCGGUGAUCUUGGUUUCCGCCGCCCCUUUAAUCGUGAAGUAAGCGAGGUUCUACAUAUUCGCAACCCGCAAGACAAUCCCGUCGCAUUUAAGGUCAAAACCACCGCUCCCAAGCACUAUUGUGUGCGGCCCAACUCGGGUCGUAUAGAGCCGGGGAAACAUGUUGAAGUGCAAGUUUUGCUGCAGGCGAUGAAGGAGGAUCCCCCCGCGGAUGCGAAAUGCAAAGAUAAAUUCCUCGUUCAGUCUGUUGCUGUCACCGGAGAUUUGGAAUUCUCCAACGUCACAUCGAUUUUCGAGAAUGCACCGAAGGCAUCGAUUCAGGAACGAAAGAUUAGAGUAAACUAUCUGCCUGCCGAGGCUGCCAAUGGAGUUGCCCCCACCGAGGAAGAGCUCCCUGCGUACUCGUCACCGGGUGGUGCUUUUGAAACACCAGCGCCAACCUCUUCCAAGACAUUUGAUAAUACCUCCCCUAUUGCUCCGCCGAAUUUUGAAAAGUCCCCCAAAGUAGAAUCACCAGAGAUCAAGAGGGAGGCUGCUCCGUCAUCUACAGUCGAAAAUGUUCCGGCAGCUGCUACAGAACCGGCAUCUAAACCUAGCGUUGACGACACUAGAGAGCAACUCUCAGAUGCACUAGCGCAGAUUCAAAGGCUAAAAGCCCAACUUUCCGAGCAAGGUCUCCGUCAACGGAAAGCCGAAGGCGCACCAUCUUCAACAACAAAGGGAGGCAAUACGCUACAGCAACAAAUUGCCCAACCUGCAGCAGAAGUGGGAGUGCCAGUGCAGAUUGUUGCGGCAUUGUGCUUACUUAGUUUCCUGCUUGCCUACUUUUUCUUCUAA